AUGGAAGGCGAAUUAAACGAAGCAGAAACCGAAAUAUUGGAAGAACUGACCUCAAGUGACAAAUUUAUUGAUGAUAUGUGCCGGUUGAAUACAAAAUUUGAUGAUAUCAAGGAGCAGCUACGAGAGUGCACGGAAAAGUUUGAAAGAAUUGAACACCUGGUAAAAAUAAAGGAAGCCAUAGCCCAAAGAAAUCGAUUAAUGCAAAAGAUAUUUAUUACAGUUAUUUCAACUGUUGUCAUUGCUGUAGUUCCAUUUUUUCGUCAAAUUUUCCUCUCUGUUCUCAGUUGGUUCUAUACUGCACUAAUUCGUAGCUUUUUCUGGACAAUUAUUAACUAUUUUGCAAUUUUAUGGGACUAUACAUGUAAUUUCUUUCAAUACAACGCAAGUGAAACAUCGGAACAAGAUUUUAUGAUUGGUUUCUUUCAAACAAGUAAAUGA